AUGAGCGCGCACCGCCGCUUUGCCGACGAAUGGGUGGAUGGUUGGAACAAGAGGGACCUUGAGGCCAUCCUGUCCCACUACAGCGAAACGGUCGAGUUCGUCUCGCCGCGCGUCGCCGCCGCGUUUGCGCGCGGCGCGGGCGUCGGGGACGCGUCGGGGCGCAUCGUGGGGAGGGAGGCGCUCAGGGCCUAUUUCAAAGAGGCUCUGGACAAUUUGAAGGUGCUUUCUCUGGAGAUCAAGGCCGUCCUGUCAGGCGUCGGAGAGUCGUUUGCUGUUGUGUACACGCGGGAAACCGGAGCCACCGUCGUAGAGGUGUUUGUGCUGGACAACCAGGGCAAGGCGGCAAAGGUCCAGGUCUACUACGACGCGGUGUGCUGA